UCAGCCUUAGUUUGGUCUGCUAGGUCCAGUGCGGGAAUCCCGUCUACACUCAGGGCCUGGAAAAGUUACUGAGUGGCAGUAUGGGCCUCCAGCGGGCAGCUGAUGCUUCAGACUCCCUGGAGCGAGAGAAAGAGGGCGACUGAAGCUGGGGUUUCUCUGUGUAGCCCUGGCUGUGCGCCCCACCGCCGCUCAGCUUCCAGAACAGCUCGGAUGUCUUGGCACCAAAUGAAAUGAAACAGAAGCUACACCCACAGGCUCCCCGGUGCCCUCAGAGCAGGGCACACUUCCGACCUCAGUCAGGAAACAGAAACUCUCUUCUCGCAUUGCCUGCAGGGCCCCAGCUUCCUGCUCCGGGCCUGGUGCAGCCUGGCAGACCGGGUUUCUCUGUGCAGCUCUGGCUGUCCUGGACUCGCUCUGUCCUGGACACCAAGCUGGCCUCGAACUUGCAGAGAUCCACCUGCCUGUGCCUCCCGAGUGUCGGCAUUAAAGGUCUUCUGACGACGCCACAGCGCGGGCGGCCACCAUGGCUUUCCAGGGGUCAUGACCCACUGCAGAAGGCUUGUCCCCCGGAGCUGCUGAUGCGGACGCUGGGUCCGGCCCUUUGGCCCCGCGCAGACGGACGUGCUGAGCGAGCAAGCUCCCCAGGCGGUGGACUUCGGCCGGCUGAACGCAAGGCCGGGAGCCGGGAGUGGCGCCCCCAGCGGCGGUCCUGGAGCAGGCCCUGCGGAGGCCUUCCCUCCUGUCGCCGCCCUGGUGUAGGCCGGCGUGAGCGCCUGGGCUCGCGGUUCUCAGCGGCUGCGGGCGCGGCAGCCUCCCAGCCGGGCGAGGUUUCCCCGGAUCCGACCGGGCAGUGUUCAGCCCCUGUCUCGAGUUGUCUUGGCUCUGACGACUUGGCACUGCUUUGGAGCUCCCCGGCCACCAGGGUCUCUUUGCUGGCUUUGGCCUCCCUCAGCCUCAGCUCUCCGCAUCCUCCUUCAGCUGGGGACACCCUCCUGGUCUGGGGCAGUCAGCUGUGACUGCAGCAGAGGGGGCUGGCUGCUGGCGACUCGCAGGCAAUCCUGUGGUUCGAGGGGCUGUCCCACACGCCUUGAUUCCUUGCGGGAAAAGGAGCACCAGCCAGGCUUGAGGCUGGCCUCAAACUACGAAACUGAUGUCCCUGAACUCCUGAUUCUCCAGCCUCCACCUCCCCCAUGCUGGCUGGGGCUUACAUCAUGCCUGUCUCACCUGGUGUUAGACACUAAGGCAAACACCAGCUAGUUUUUGAGACUACGCUCUGGCUCAGGCUGUCCUCAAACUCAUGCCACUGCGAGCAUAGGUGUGUCUCCAGCCCCCUUAAACAUUUCUGUGUGCUUGGAGGCUCUGCUUCAACCUUUUUGCUUGUUUCAGUUUCCCUGUGUGACUCUCUAUGUAGACUAAACCCUGACUUACUGCCUCCCAAGUGCUGGGAUUAAGUGUCCGCCCACCACCACCAGGCUGACAUACCAUACCAAAGUUCUUGGCAGUCUCAUAGCUGUGUAUUAUAGCUCAUUACUCCCACCCUUUCCUACCUCCACUCCCUCAUUCAGCUUUAACUCAAUGGCUGUGUGCCCACUGGCUACCCACGAACUUUAAAAUAUCUGUCCCAUAGCUCAGACUGCUGGGCCCCAUCAUUUCCCCAGGAGCUAGGCUGCAGGUGUGUGCUAUCACGUGGCUACCUCCUCCAUUCUAGGAAGGCACUCUUGAGCAACCAAGCCCUGCCUUACUAAAAAUCUGGGACACUCCUGGGUGCCCUAAAGGCAUACACUCAACCCUCACAGACCACACCGGUCAUUCAUUCCCAGAUGGCUGGGGCUCAGCUCCAGAUGCUAUGGUGGGGAGGCACUUGUUUCCAAGGAGGUGAUCUGAGCCCUUGACUUGUUUAAACCUGAGGUUAGCCUGUCCUCAGGUGUAUACAGUAUUUACAGGAAUGUUUAAUAAGCUGCAUUAUUCUGCCUCCACAACAGCUCAGGGGAUUCCUUGCCACAGGCACAGGUGAAAUGACUGCUCAACACAGGUUCUUGCAGGACCUUAGUGGUUCAGAUACCAGAAGAGAAAAACCCUUCAAAGUUAAUUCAAAGACUCCAACCAUUAUCAUCGGAUAACUUUUAUUUCAUAAAUAUUUUCACACCACC